UUUUGGUGCCAUCACUGCUGGUUUGUGGCGUUUUGGUGCCAUCACUGCUGGUUCCGAGGCGUUUUGGUGCCAUCACUGCUGCUUCCAAGGCGUUUUGGUGCCAUCACUGCUGGUUCUGAGGCGUUUUGGUGCCAUCACUGCUGGUUCCGAGGCGUUUCGGUGCUGUCGGUGCCGCUGUGGCUGCCCACCCCCCUCUGCCCGCAGACGUUCAACGCGAGCGGCGCGGCGGCGCAGUGCCCCGGCUCCCAGUGCCUCUUUGCGUUCUACGGCGGCGAGUCGCCGUUCCACCGCUCGCUGACGGCGCUGCAGCUCUUCAACCUCUUCAUGCUCUUCUGGCUCGCCAACUUCGCCAUCGCGCUGGGCCAGGUGACGCUGGCGGGCGCCUUCGCCUCCUAUUACUGGGCCUUCAAGAAGCCCCACGACAUCCCCGCCUUCCCCCUCUUCUCCUCCUUCGGCCGCGCGCUCAGGUACCACACCGGGUCGCUCGCCUUCGGGGCGCUGAUCCUCGCCAUCGUGCAGCUCAUCCGCGUCAUCCUGGAGUACCUGGACCACAGGCUGAAAGGCACCAAGAACAAAGUGGCCAAGCUGCUGCUGGGCUGCCUCAAGUGCUGCUUCUGGUGCCUGGAGAAGUUCCUCAAGUUCCUCAACAGGAACGCCUACAUCAUGAUCGCUGUUUAUGGCACCAACUUCUGCACCUCUGCCCGCAACGCCUUCUCCCUGCUGAUGAGGAACAUCAUUCGGGUCGUCGUGCUGGAUAAAGUCACCGAUUUCCUCCUCUUCCUCGGCAAACUCCUCAUCGUGGGCGGCGUUGGGGUCCUCGCCUUCUUUUUCUUCACACACCGCAUCAAACUGGUGGAGGACGCGGCGCCGACGCUCAACUACUACUGGGUGCCCAUCCUG